AUGAGCACACCACCAGGGUUCAAUAAUCCAAAUAUUGCAGGACGAAAGAUUGCCACGCCUCGACGACGGUUGAAUCGCGCGUCUUCCGAUAUGGGUGGUCAAGGAGCGCCCAUGCCCAACUUUACGUUUCAACCACCUGGAGGUGUUGCACCUUCGUUUGGUGGGGGAGCAUCUGGUACUAGUGGUACUCCUCAGCCUUCAUUUUCAGGCUUUAAUCGGUCUGCUUCUGCAGGCAGCGCAGGAUUUCAAUUUAGUGCUCCAUCUCAAGCGACGCCAAGUCAACAGCAGCCUUUUGUAUUUGGAUCUCAAGCAAGUGGAGUACAGCAGCAGUCGAAUGCACCGUUUCAAUUUGGUAGUGGAGGAUCGCAGCCUUCAUCACCUUCGUCCUUUUCUUUUGGUUCAAAUACUGCAGCACCAACACCUGCCUUUGGAGCUGCAGCACCAACAACUACUACGACUUCUGCAACGCCUAGUUUUGGAACGUCAGCACCAGCAACGAGUUCUACUUCAGCAGCCCCUUCAUCACCAGCACAACAACCUUUCAAGUUUGGUUCACCCACAUCAUCACCUUUUGGUGCAAGUGCAACAAGUACAACAUCAACAACAUCACCCUUUGGUUCACCUUCCUUGACACCGGCAGCACCAGCUAAUGCUACUACACCAUCCACUCCACCUGCAUUAGGAGCAUUUGGUUCUUCAUUAUCGAGCACAAGUAGCACCACAUCACCCACGGCCAGCACAUUUACAUUUGGUGCAUCAGCACAACAACCACCAUCAUCACCCAAGGUUGCAGGAGGAUUCACAUUUGGUGCUGGUGCAACACCAAUCACCACGACAGGAGAUAGUACCAUGGCAACAGAUACUAGUUUGGCCCAGCCAUUCUCGAUUGGUAGCACGACAACCUCAGCAACAACAUCACCUAGCACAAUGAUCAAAACACCAUCCUUCAACUUUGGUAGUACUGCUGCUACAACAGAAAAACCAGCUGCUACGACCACCACGACAAAGUCCACUACUGACAAGCCUGCUGCCGCUGACAAGCCUGCAUUUUCAUUUGGAUCAACAUCACCCAAACAAGGUCCUUCGCCUUUUGCAUUGACAUCAACUACUACAACCACUUCUUCUGAAAAAUCAGCUCCUGCUAUGACAACAGCUACGACAACAACAACAUCAUCAUCAACAAAAGCAGCACCAACAUUUAACUUUGGAGCUGCAGCAACAACAACCGACAAGCCUGCAUCUUCUUCUCCUACUUCUACUACCACCAAGCCUGCAUUUUCAUUUGGAACUCCAGCAUCAACUACAAGCACUACAGCUGAAAAGCCACCAGUAGCCCCCAAAAUGCCAACAUUUUCAUUUGGAUCAGCAUCAGGAGGAGAAAAAGAUGGAUCCAGUGAGACAACAUCAACUUCAAAGGAGGAAACAACAGCGGCUCCCGUGACAACAGGAUCAAAGCGCAAGACAUUGGAUACAGCUGCUGCUGAAAGUGCACGCCACAAGUUACGCCAUGGCAACUCGCCUUUGUCCCAAUCAUGGAAUGCAGAUGACGAGGAACAACCAGCUGCCAAGCGUGCUACUACUGGAUUGAAUGAUGCAUCCAAUCGAUUACAACCACCAUCAUCAUCGUCUACUGAAGACAAGGGCAAGGAUAAGGGAUCGAGUGAUACGGCUACGACGACAACAACAUCUACUGCUGCUGCUACUGCCGGCACAUCCUCUACAGAAUCUGAUGGCAAGAAGCGACCCUUGGAAGGUGCUGAUAAUACUGGUACACAAGCCAAAAAGGUGACCUUUAGCGUUGGUGAAAGCAGCAGCAGUACUAGCAGCAAAAAACCUUUGUUCACGUUUGGUGCCAAAGAACAACAACAGGAUGGAGACAAGAAGGCGACUGAAAAGAAAAAGGAUGAAAAGGAGGGUGCCACUACAACAACAACAACAACAACAACAACAAAGGAAGGAGACAAAGAAAACAAGCCAGUGAAUCCAUUCAAGCCUCUUGAAUCAACUCCUAUCGAGAUACCCAGUUCGCAAGCAUCUUCUUCUUCCUCCACUGCUCCUAAAUCACAAUCUACCUCAUCGGAUGUAUUUGGCAAGCCAACCCCUACGGAUGCUGAACAAACCAUGAUUGAAUCCAAGAUCACUCAUCCAGAUGGCAUUGAGAAGCGUACACGUUAUCGAGAAUUACCGGCUGCAGCACAAACCGAGUUGGAUAAUUUAUGGUGGUUUAUUGAUCAACAAGUGCGUAUGGCCAAAGAAAUUGAGACACGGCAAUUGGCUUCCAAUGGGGAAUUGAUCCGAGAUUUGAGUCAGUCCGUGCAUCGCAUGUCCAAAGAUUUGACUCUGCUCAAGGAACAACAUCAUAUCACAGCUCAAUCUAUUGCGACUUUGACUGAAUCCACUGAAUACCAGGUACAAAAUGCAUCUGUUGCCAAAGCCUACUCGGAUCAUCAGAACCAAGGUCGACGUAUGGAAGGAGGCACAACAAUUCAUCGACGCUACUUUUUUGACUUGGUCAAGAGCUUGAAUGCAAAGUGUACAGAAUAUCGGAAUGCGAUCAAUGACAUUGAGGAUCGAAUGCGUGAACUGGAUCAAGUGGUUGUCCAAUCACCUGCAGGAUUGGCGGAUAUUCUCAGGACUCAAAAUGAAACAUUGAUUGCUUUAGCAGCACAAGUAGCUGAUUUACAUCAACAAACUGAAAAAUUGAAAGCAUAA